CAGAAAUGUUGUUAAUGGAGUCCCAUUAAGUACUGUCUCAACAUCUGGAGAUACUGAAAAAGUUGAAACCAUACAAACUAACUCUAAACAAAAUAAAAAACGCUCUUUCAAUUUUUCUGACAUGCUUUUGGAAAUUCUUGAUAAUUCACAUGAUAGGAGUCCUCAAUCUACAAUUCAAACUUAUGUUGUCAAUAGACGGCUCAAAAAAAUCUCUGCUGAUCAUACUUUGCAGGAACUAGCAAUUGAAGCAUUACCAAGGGUAAAUCCUAAAGUAACAAUCAAUAGUUGUCUUUCUGACAAAAUGCAUCUAUCAACAGAUGUUGGACAUAUCUAUAAAACGAAAGGACUUUUAGAUUUUUACAUUGCUGAGAUGGAAUGGGGGAUUGAACUACUUAUUAAUGGAAUUAAAAUGAAAGAGCAUCAUCAACAUUUCCAAGAGGGUGGAAGGUAUGAACAAAUACCAAUAAAAUCACACCUUCUUACUGACUUCCAUGAAACAAAAAGUGUGCGAAAGCCCUAUGUCAAUACAUGGCACAUAACACCUAAUUCAAAAUUUACAAUUUUUAAUGUGUUAACUGAUACCAAUACUGGCAUUAGGAGAUUCGAAAUUCCACUUGAUAAAAAAACCAAUAUCAAAUUAAUAGGCAAUCUGGAUAAAGAGAAUAUAAAUCAAACAAAAAAUCUUCAGAUUGUUGAAAGCAGAAAAGAAUCUUCUGGAUACUCAUCAUCAGAAGAUAUAUUCAUGGUGACUGUACAAAGGUAUAAAAGAAGAAAAAAAUGUGAUAAUGGUGAAAAUGUUAAUUGA